AGUGUUUUAUAAGGAGGUAAUAUAUAGAUAUACAUACCGACAAGUAAGCAUGUCGUAUAAUAGCACCAUAAUCUUCAGGCACGUGCCUCUUAUCCGUUUUACUUAUGCCAUUUCUAAAAGUGCGGUGGUGGUUCCCAAAACCACACCGUUGCCAGAAGUACCAAAGACAGUCCCCACUAACGAAGCUGUUAAACCUGUGGCAAAAAUAACCACCGAAAAGACUCCACAAACGACUCAGGUCGUCUACAAUUCUUUCAAUGACCUUCCACAAAACUUACAACCUAAAAUAAUUUCUGAGGAUAUAAUCGAAAAGAUUACUAUGGGUGGUGCCGAUCCUUAUACUCCAAAACAUCUGCAAAAAAAAAAAUAGCUUCGUGAAAAUUUUUUUGCUCAAUUAUUACUAUUUUUUUCUUUUCGGCCUAAGCGUGAAAUUUGUAAAAACGUUAUAGUAGUAGUGAAAAGUAGUAUACUUUUUACGAAGUUGUCAAUCAUUUUUAGAUUCGGUCAAAGUUGAAAAUUUAUGAAAAAAACAAGGAAUAUAUUAGUGAUGAGCGAGGAGGAUAAAUAGGUGUAAACUAUAGGACAAGGUUCCCUACAAAUCCCAUGGUAUCAAACCACUACCCUAUUUUUUAUUUUAAAGGGAAACAGAGGAAGGGGUUAUAAUUGUUCAAGUGUUCUGUAGGUAUGUACGCAUUCAAGAUAACGGUUUAUAUUAUUUUGUUAUUUUAAUAAUAUCUAAGUCUGUGUAGCGAUUUUUUUACUCUACCUAGAAUCUAAGCAUUUUGCGCGAUAGAUCUUUGUUAUAAUAAUUUAUUGCAUAAAUAUCCUUCUAUUUUCAAACUGAAACAUGAAUAAUAAAUGAUAUACAUACACUGAAAUGUAUAUCAAAA